AUGAGCCUGCUCGACGCUGACCAUUGCCACAUUUACCUUGCGUAUCCCAGCGUCCUGCCUCCUCCCCCGAGGUACCCCCUCCAUUCGUAUGGCAUGAACUCGGUGAACGGCAUUAUGCCGACCAUUGAGACCAACAAUGCUCUGUCGCACCCCGAGGGCCCCGAAUGGCAGUUUCUCGUCGGAGAGGACGAGACUGCUCACCGGACCACAAUUGCAGGUACCUACGUCCUGAAGGAAGAUCUACACCUUGCCACGCCGCCCCCGCACCCCUCCGAAGCACCCAUCGUGAACCCGAACCCUUUAGCGACGAGCCCCCAACCGGCCACGGCAGGCACGCAGCUGUCGCUUCUCAACCUCGACGCCCGGUCCGCCCCCGCCGCCCCCCGAGUGACCCAGCCUUCCUUCCCCAGCAAUGCGACCGGCACAUACCACGAGAAUCACAGUGACCAUCUCCGGUACUCGACCGAGGGCGGGCUGAGCAGUGAGGACGGUAAAGGCACGUCGUUGGUGAGCGAUGCGGCUGCCACCUCAUCUGCCGGUGGUGGUGGCGGACGCGGCAUCGCCGUCCCGGCCUUUGGAGAGGGUAAUGCGCGCCUGGCCACGGCGCCCACCAAGGACGUCAACAAGAAGCGCAAGCCAAAGAAUAACAUGACCAAGAGCAACUCAUCGUUUAUCUCGCGCGUCAUUGUCAACGAGAGCCUGUCGCGGAAGUUGACGGACCGACCCAGUGACGGGCUCUUCAUCUUUGCCAACAUCAACCGCGCCUUCCAGUGGCUUGACCUAUCCAACAAGUCCAAGCAAGACUACCUGACCAAGAUACUGUUCACCAAGGCCCACUGCCUGUGCCACGAUGUCAAUGCCGUCACCAAGAGCGUCUCUCACGCCGACGUAAUCAUGGGAUUCUCCACAGGCGAGGUCAUCUGGUGGGAGCCAAUCUCCCAGAGAUAUACCCGCCUCAACAAGAAUGGAGCCAUCAACAGCACGCCGGUAUCUGAGAUCAGGUGGAUUCCCGGGUCCGAGAAUCUCUUCCUAGCCGCGCACAUGGACGGUUCGCUAGUUGUGUACGACAAGGAAAAGGACGACGCACCCUUUGUCCCCGAGCACGAAGCCCAGCGCAACGAGGGGAGCGACGCAGGCAGCAACACCGGCCUCGGCGGCGAGCCUUCGAGCGACCUCGACCUGCAGAUCCACAAGUCUGUCCACUCGCAGAACCAAAAGACCAACCCCGUCGCAUUCUGGAAGCUGGCGAACCAGCGCAUCAACGCAUUCGCCUUCUCUCCGGACUGUCGACACCUGGCCGUCGUGUCGGAGGAUGGGACGCUGCGAGUCAUGAAUUAUUUGGAUGAAGAGCUCUUGGACGUCUUCUACUCUUACUACGGAGGCUUCACCUGCGUCUGCUGGUCCCCGGACGGAAAGUACAUCAUUACGGGCGGGCAGGACGACCUCAUCUCUAUAUGGUCGAUGGACGACUCGGCCCUUGUGGCCAGGUGCCAGGGUCACCAAUCUUGGGUGGCAGCCGUGGCAUUUGAUCCAUGGAGGUGCGAUGGGCGUAGCUACCGGUUUGGCAGUGUUGGCGAGGACGGCCGUCUUUGUCUCUGGGACUUUAGCGUCAGUAUGCUUCACAGGCCACGAGCGCACUCUGUACAUCACAGGGGCUCUAUCUCAUCACGUUACACACAUAGGCCAGAGACGGCCAACACAAGCCACUCGCCGGCGGCGUAUGACAAUGAUUUGGCUCAUCCUGUUGAGCCGCGAUCUAGGAUUCCCAUGUUGCCUCCUGUAUUGAACAAAAUGAUCGACAAGGACCCUUGCUGCUGGCUAGGCUUUACAGAAGACGCUAUUAUCACUAGCUGCAAGACUGGUCAUGUCAGGACAUGGAAUCGGCCGGGAACGCAGACGCAGCAAACGUGA